CUCAGCUAAAGUACACAUGUUUCAGAUCUUGAAGCUAUUGUCAUUGUACUUCAUAUCAUUAUCUCUUGUUUAUAUACAGGAUGACAGAAAUGUUUGAAAGCCAUACUGCUACAGGAUACCUUAUUCAUCUGCUGAAUCGUCUGCCAAGGAUACCUUGCUUAGCCUACUUGGCAACGUCCUCGCAAUGUUGUUGGCAACUUUUCUACCCUUCACCUUGUGAGUAUGUGAUCGAAAGAGCGCUCUCUGUGCAAGUGCUCUCUCAAAACCAGAGUUUCCUGUGGCUUUUGUGUUAGGCUUUUUGUCUGUUGGAAGACUUGCUUGUUUGUUGCUUGUGCAUGCAGCCUCCUGAUCUCCAGCAUUGCCCUUGUCAGCAGAAGACAUUUUCUGCCGAAACCACAGACAGAGUGAACUGAAGGUUAUCAGGAUUGCUGAUAAAAAGGUACUGCUCACUCUCUUGAGAUUUAUAGGGUUAUGAGAAUGGUUGUUAUGAAGCCACAAGAAUAGGGUACCACAAGGGGAUAUAUGUUGGCCACAAGUGGGGGAUUUUAGAUGGACAGGAUAGCCGUACUUCUGGGGUGCUUAGAGAAUCAACGCCCAGUGAAAAUUCUUACUUGAUAGAAUAAGUUUUCCUUAUCUUGAGUGUUAAGCAAUCGAAAGAUGCAGCUAGGGAAUUAUCUACCCAAGUGUUCUUGAACAAGUUUGAAACUUUUUCCUAGGAUGCCAAAGUUCAUCUAUAUCUUAAUUUUCUUAAGAACUUCAUUUUCUACAGUUUGCAUAACUGUUAAACCACCAUGGAAGGAACCAAAGCAUAAAGUGAGUAGCUGAAUGUGACUAGCACAAUCUUUCUCCCUUUUUCUGUAGAUUUUGUGCAAAAGGGCCAUAGCAUGAAGGACAGGUGCCUGCAAACAGACACACACACUCAGGUCAACCCUUACCCAUAUGUUUAUGCGCAGUUGUAAAAGCCUCCUAGAUUUUUGUACUUCUCAAGGUUCUGAUUGGUUACAAACCUAAUUUGGACAGAAGGGUAGAACACUAAGAACAGGAAGGGAGCCAUGGGGUUCAAAGUUCAAACCCAGCUCAACCCUUCUGUGUUACUCUUUCACUAGGGGUUGACAACGAUUCGGUUCACAUAGGAAUGGGUUGGGUUAAAUUGAUGUUUCGGUUUCUGAUCUUUGAUUUGGUUAUAGUACAGACCCGACCUCCUGGCCAGUCUAGACCAGGCCUAUCUUACCUCCGACCUUUUGAGUCUAAGAAAACUGGGUAAUCCUUUACUGUCCAUGUCUACUCUAGAGAAACUUCAAGAUUUCACUUCCAUAUUACUUCACGUUGACUCAGAAGCCCCUUAUAGAUUUUGGACUGUGGGAUAGCAUCAAGAACCAUAUUCUGCUGAAUCUGGUGUCAAUAGAAUAAUCGGCCGCCUGUUGUCUCACUUUUUGGCUUUUAUUGGCUGCUGAUAUUAUCGUGUAUCCGUCCAUUCCUGCUAUUACUUUAAUUCCAAGCUUUGUGUUGCCUUUCCUUUAUUAGUCAGAAAGGAAUAAUCAGAAAAGAAUAAUUGCGAUCAAGCAUCUAAUCAUCCUUCCAACCACCCUUUCUGCUGAGUCCCAAUCCUAUCAAAAUCGAGGCUUUGGAGCUUUAUAGUCGGGAUUUGGGGCGGGAUUAGGAACCCAAAAAUGCAAACUUUAAAACAGAGAUAAUGAUAAUUAAUAAGCGAACCUUUUAAGGCAGAGAAGAAGACACGAGAGGAAUGGAGUACAAGGUAGGUCAGUCACACGUGUCACCAUUUAGCACCCACCUUGUUUCCUAGGCUAUUGACUACUGUUUGUUAUCUUCUUCAUUUCACCGCCCAAGUUCAUAACAGUGCGAAUACUGAAUACUUUUGCAGGUAUCUCCCGAUAAAGCCCCCUGCCUUCCCUGAGAGAAAGGAAUCUGUGGACUUUAAGCAACCUUUCCUCCAAGCAAUUCUGCAGUUCCCACCUCUCCCCUUGCCUUUUUUUUCCAUGGAUGGGUUUUGCAUCUAUGUCCAGAUUCCCCUUCUUCCUCUUCUUCUUAUGGAGCUUUGAGCUUUGCGGUGAGAACUGUUGGCAGCUAUGGCUGAAGGAAGAAGAGCAGUCACCCACGAAGAUCUCGCGCCAUCCCCAGGAAGCACUGAUUUAGGCAGCAGAACUGCCAUAUCCAUCGUGCUCCUCACGAUCCUCUCUGGCCUUUUCUGCUUCGCCCUAUGUCUCAUUGCUGAAGCCUCCCGUUCUCAGGAUACGUGGGAGGAUCAUCAGUGUGUCUAUAGUGGUAGUGGAGAGACGCCAUUGAUGUGCGGUGCUAUUGCGUUCAUCGGACUGGCGGUGGCCAUGGUAGUGGAGCACACUUACCUGUUGUUUGCAGUGAGUAAAGCCCCACCGCCAGCUCUGGUCGCUUGGGACCCUAACUACGGCCCUUCCAAGGAUGUCACAUGGCAAGCUGGUGCCUUUUUCAUCACCACUUGGGUGUGCUUUGCGGUGGCGGAAAUCCUGUUGCUGAUCGGACUGAGCGUGGAGUCGGGUCACCUGAAGAACUGGGCUACUCCGAAACAGAGCUGUCUGGUGAUCAGGGAAGGAGUUUUUGCCGCCGCCGGAGUGUUCUCCCUCCUCGCCGUGCUCCUCGCCGGCGGGUUGUACCUGACUGCAUUUCGCGCGCAGAGAAUAUCUCAAGAGCACGAAACGGCGCGGCGGCAGGUAAUCGACGUGUCGGUGCUCUAUGCUUCCCCGCCGCGUUCGCCUACACGGCCGCGAGAGCAUAUCCCGGCGGCCGAGAGGGAAGACCCUGUUCGCAGACAAGACCAUCUCUCCAUUGCAUUGCCGCCGGCUCUGAUCAAGCAAUUCAGUUUCGUAUAGGAGAUGAAAUAAGAAAAGGAGAACAUUUUUUUAAAGAAGAAUGUUAAGCCUUGUCAGGCAAAAAGCUUAAGAGCUACAUUACAGAGAAAUAUGCGUAUAUAGUUUACCAUGUAUAUAUCAUUGUAUUUUUUGGGAGGAAGGUAGCCUUUGUUUCUUCCUCAUUUUGCGUUACAUAACUGGGUCUGGUCUAGGGUGGGCAACGGGAAAGGGUAUUUGGAGAUACCCGUUCCGUUUUUUGAGGGUUACGGCUUACGGGACCCAAAUACUCGUAAUUUUUUUACGGGAUGGAAUUUGGGAUCAAGAAUCACUACUUUGGGUAUCCGCGAGUUACCCGUUAAUACCCGUUUGGAUAUUACGGGUACCCGUUAUACCCAUUAAUCUAUGUCAAUCUAGGGAACAAGGAUGAGAUGUUGAGGCUGUGGGGCAUUUCUAAAGCCAGCAACAGCAUAAUAGGGACUAUUUGAACAUGAUGGGCACUUUGGUGAAACUGGGGGAAUAUUUGCUGGAAGAAUUGGGCCUUUAUUGCUGCUGGUACGUGGAGAAGGAAGGGAACAUGGAGAAAGGUUUUCAGCCAUCAAAGAAGCUUUAGCUAUUAGGGUGAAUAACGUUUGGUGGAGACCGAAAUCUGGACUGAUGUCGAAGGAUGUUGAGGUGGACUGGCGAGAGUGUAGGCACGGAAGAUUUGCUAGGUCUAGUAGACGGGUAUUUACGGGUAGUAUGGGUAUCCGUUAUCCGUCCCGUACGGGUAAUGAGUACCCGUUAACUCGUACGUGUUUGGGAUAUGGGAUGGAGAUUGUUCUCCAAAUUGGACGGGUAUCCCGUCCCGUCCCGUUGCCCACCCCUAGUCUGGUCCGGAAACAUUUUCAUUAAUUGUAUAAUAAUAAUAAUAACUAUUAUUUGAUGAAAAUGACGGGUUUUUUUUUUUAACAUAGACAAUAGCCAGGUAAAUCCCUAGCCAAUACAGAGUCAAAGAACAUAAAAUAACUAGAGUUGUUGGGAGAGACUCAUGUGUGAUACUUAACCACUUUCUUACAGAUAAUGUAUGUAUUGUUAGCCCAACCAAACUAUCACCAAAACCAUGGUUUAUGUCAUGGUAUCAGAGCUGGUUGUAAUUGAGGUCACAUGUUCAAGUCCUCACGAUCCCCAAUAUUAACUGUUGUCUUUAAGUACAUAGUAUGGCGGGCCUGUACUAACUUCAAACCCAUGAGUUGUUUUUCGUUUGAGGGGGCAUGUAAGGAAGUGGUUAAGUACCAUACAUGAGUCUCUCCCGACAACUCGAGUUAUUGAGACCAGUUAGUUUAUUGAGACUAGUUAACUUUUUUGAAAUUUUUGAACAAACAAUGCAUUAUUGUUUGCUUGAUGUGACACAAACUAUCACUCAAAAUAAGUGAUAGUUAAAUCUCAAGUUAUCGUUGCGAUUGUUUUUUUUCUUCAAAAAUGUCUCUACCUUUUGUAUGUAUGUUGCUUUUUUAUAUUCAAAACAAAGGGUAACAUUUCACUCUAAAAGUAAUAAAACUAUUACUGAAAC